GGUGUAUGCAGACAAAAGUUGAACGUGAUCCGCCAACCAAAUCAUAAAGAAGAAGAAGCGGCUCAUCAGUAGCAGCUUGCUAAAUAAAAAGUUAAAAGUAUCCAGACACGUCCAUUGGAUGUUAGGCAAUGUGUUUUAAAUACACUUAUGUUUACGCCGUAGUACCACUAAUUGGUUUUAUUUCACAUCCAGUUAGGUACGACGUUGAUUGUCUGCUGCUAACGUUAUAGAUAGAUGGCUACGUCCGUUUCGAUAGCACCAGUGGCUGAAGCUAGCUAGUUAACUUUUCACUAACACGUUUUCCCGGAAAUGAACAACCGGCUUGUAACAAUUGAUACAUUAAGUUAAAGGAUUCAUUUUAAUUCGUUGAGUAAAGAACCGUUGGUGUCCCCAUAGUGCUGUGCUCUUUCGUCAAACCAGCUAGCUACUAUAGGUAUGUGUCUUCGUUGGUAUAUUGACCUAGCUAGUUAACUAACAUUCCCUAAACUACUCCCCCCUUGCUAAAGAAGAGGUCUGCUGGACGGAGACAGAGGGUAUGUGGAUGAACAUUGUCGUGAAAGAGGAAGUUAUUACAGUGAAGGAGGAGGAUGAAGAAGAGGAUGCCGUUUUUGCAGUGGGGAAGGAGAAGGAGGCUGCCACAGUGAAAGAUGAGAAGGAAGAAGCUUUCAGAAUGGGAAAGGAGGAAAAUGAGGCUAUCACAUUGAAAGAAGAAGAGGAGGAUGUUAUAGUGAAAGAAGAGGAAGAACCUUUCAGAGUGGAAGUGGAAGAGGAGCCUAUCUCAAAAGAGGAAGACGUUUUGGGAGUGAAAGGGGGGGAGGAGGCUGAAGAUCUGAAUAACACCAGAGAGAGACCAGACUCUCACUCUGACAGUGGGAAGAGUCUUUCAGAGGAUCCAGACCCAGAGACAUCCAAACCAGCAAGACAACACCACUACUGCCACUGUGGAAAGAGUUUUUGGUGGUUAGGGCACUUUAGAGACCAUAAGAGAAUGCACAUAGGGGAGAAGCCUUACCAAUGCUCCCAGUGUGAAAAAAGUUUUAGCCACUUAUGGAGCCUGAAAUUGCAUAAUAGAAUACACACAGGAGAGAAGCCUUUCCACUGCUCCCUGUGUGGAAACAGUUUUACCCACUUAAGGGCCCUGAAAAGACAUGAAAGGACACACACAGGAGAUAAGGAUCAUUGCUGCUCCCAGUGCGGAAAGAGUUUUACCCUGUUAGGGAGCCUGAAACGACAUGAGAGAAUACACUCUGGAGAAAAGCCUCACCAAUGCUCUCAGUGUGGAAAGAGUUUCAGCUGGUUAACAAGCCUGAAAAUACAUGAGAAAACACAUACAGGUGAGAGGCCUUUCCACUGCUCCCAAUGUGGAAAGAGAUUUGCCCAGUUAGGGGAUCUAAAAGAACAUAAGAGAACACACACUGGAGAGAAGCCUUACCACUGCUCCCAGUGUGGGAAGAGAUUCACCCGGUCAGGAAACCUGAAAAAUCAUGAACUAACGCACUCUGUAUAUAAGCCUUAUCACUGCUCCCAGUGUGAAAAAACUUUUUUUUCAUCAAAUGCCCUGAAACAACAUGAGUUAACACACGCUGAAGAGAAACCUUUCCACUGUUUCCAGUGUGGAAAGAGAUUUUUCUUUUCAGGGCACCUGAAAAGACAUGAGCUAACACACUCGGUGGAGAAGCCUUUCCACUGUUCUUAUUGUGAAAAGAGUUUUAAGAGUUUAUGGAACAUGAAAGUGCAUCAAAAAAGACACACAAAGGAGAAGCCUUCCACUGCUCCCACUGUGGGAUGAAAUGUACAUGGUUUCAACAAUUGAAAGAAUCAACAGCUGAGAGAAGUUAUCAGUGGUCCCAGUGUGGGAAGGGAUAUAGUACAACACGUGGGAUUAGAGCCAUUUGUGAAAGAAAAUCUAUUGAAGAUAGUUUGGUUUAUUUAUUGUGUAUAAAAAUGUUAUGAAAAAUAUUAUUCAUGUGGAAUAUCCCUUUACUAUGUUCCUAGAAUUGUAUUGGAAGGGUUACAUCUAAGAUGACGUGAGUGAACAUUCAUUUCAACAGGUGUAUGUACCAUUCUUUUACCAGUAUUUAUACCAUUAUAUUUAAUCAUUUUUACCUUUUUUUUUUUUCCUUUUUUUUUACAUUUUACUAUCCAUAUUAAUUGGAGCCUGUCUAUACAUACUGGAAAACAGAAUUUCUGUCACCACUCAUCAACAGUGGUGUAAAGUACUUAAGUAAAAGUCUCUUUAAGUUGAGGUAUCUUUACAAUUACUCAAGUAUGAUUGGGUACUUUUCCCACCGCUGUUCAUCAACAAACUGUGACAAACCUGAACUUUCUAUUUGUGAGUAGCCUACAAUAAAUAUGAUUUUGUUGAGGACAAUGUUGGGCCAUUACACAUGUCCACUAGGGUACACAUGGACUUUAAAGUUCAUGCAGUUCAAGAACACACACAGUGCUCCCAUUGUCUGAUAUUUUUGACUGAGAACAUGUUUCUGACUAGAUAGACUGCAUGCACAGAGACUGUCCUGACUCGAUAGACUGCAUGCACAGAGACUGUCCUGACUCGAUCGACUCGUUUUUCAUGCACGUUGUUGUUGUUGAAAUACGGCAUUAAAGACAUUAGCUAGAUGUAAAAUUGCGCAAAUAAGAUCUUCUCUGCAAAAACGUCUAAAUUAUUUACAGAUUUCUUGAUUUAACUAAUUAAUUAAUUGAUUAAUUCUGACUAAUUUGGAAGUGCAGUUGUCCUUUAUAGGGUUAAAUCUAAGAUGGUGUGAGGGAACUUUGAUUUGAACAGGUGUACAGUGCAUUUGCCAAAGUCACCUAAAGGACUCUCAGACCAUGAGAAACAAGAUUCUCUGGUCUGAUGAAACCAAGAUUGAACUCUUUGGCCUGAAUGCGAAGUGUCAUGUCUGGAGGAAACCUGGCACCAUCCCU